GUCAAUCUAUUCGAUAAUCUCAGUGGUUUCUAUCAUUGAGUUGUAAGUUUUUGUUCCGUGAUAGUGAUUAAUCUCUUUUGCUACAAGCGAAACGUUCUUGUUUUCGCACAAUUUGAAGUGUGUGCAUCAAAUGAUACUGUUUAUAUAACUUAAAAAAUCCACUUUCAGAAUAAUAUUGAAAGUUCUGAUUGGACCACUGCCAACCAUAAAAAGCUCGUUGAUAAGAUUGUGUCUGAAUUUAUCCAUAAGAUAAAAAAAUCAAAAUUUUUGAGCACGUACGGUAUCACAAGAUUGCAACAUUGAAACAUAUUACCAAAAUACUGCGCAGAAUAAGUGGGCAUCCGCCUCUACAUCAAGGAAACAGUUGCGAAAAUGGUAGAACCAAUGUUUGAAUAUCAAUUCAGGCAUAUUUUAAUCGGAGACAGCACAGUAGGAAAAUCUUCACUUCUCAAAUAUUUCACGGAUGGCAAAUUCGCGGAGCUUUCAGAUCCCACGGUGGGCGUAGAUUUUUUUGCGCACCUCAUCGAGGUUAAGGACGGUACCCGUAUAAAGCUUCAGCUGUGGGAUACUGCCGGUCAGGAGCGAUUCCGUUCAAUUACCAAGUCCUACUAUCGCAAUUCGGUUGGGGUACUGCUAGUUUACGAUAUAACCAACCAUGCGAGUUUCGAACACAUUCCUCUCUGGAUGAUGGAAGCUAAACGACACAUCGAACCGCAUAGGCCAGUUUUUGCUCUGGUAGGCUGCAAGCUAGAUCUAGUCAAUAAUGGCGUUCAACGGCGUGAGGUUAGUGUGGAGGAAGCCCGUUCGUUUGCCGAACAGAAUGGACUCAUUUUUGUCGAAACGUCUGCUCGUACCGGCGUUAAUGUGCGAGAAGCGUUUAGUUUAGUAACACAAGAGGUCUACAAUCGGAUCCAGACCGGUGAGUAUAAAGUCGAAGAUGGUUGGGAUGGCAUCAAGAAAGGUUUCCAGCGACCCAGCAAUCUAGAUUUUAACCUAGUUGUAGCGGAAACGGCGAGAAGCUCAUGUUGUUAAAUUCUUGACAGAAGUUAUUUGUGUUAUUCGAAUAAUUCUAAUGACUCAUACUAUAGUUCAUGUAGAUCAAGAAAAAGGUUAAACUUUUUGGACUGAUGUUUUUCAUUCAAAAGAAUGUUUGAUAUGAGGCGCUCAAUGCUAAAACAAGCUAAGUGAGUAUUCGGAACCAUUUUAGUAGAAGUUCACAAAAAAUUUUAAAUGAUCAUCUUCGUUCUAAUUUUUUACUGUUCGAUCGAGAUAACCUUAUUCUUGUACGUCGUUCUCGUCUUUUUUCUAAAUAAUAGAAACUAAAACUUUUGCAAUAAUUUUCAUUAUGGCACUAGCGAUUUGUUAAGAUGGAUCUCUGACAUUAUUCAGGAUGAAAAAUUUACUUGUUUUAUAACUGAUUGCCUCAUGUAUUUUGUAAAAUACAAAAAAUGUGAUAUAAUAAAGUGAACAGAUUUGGAUUGGCAUUUCGAGAAUGUGCAACUUACCAAAGCAGACUUCCGCUUUUCCAACAUCUAUUUGCAUUUCAUUUACAAUUAUAUUUUUUGUUAUUUCGUCAGUCUAGUUUAUUUUCUUGGUGCUAGUGUUUUUUAAAUUAAAACAAUAAUACAACGCCAUUAUUUCGAAAUUCUUUCAAAAGUCUGUAUUCUCUAGUUUAGGUUUGUUUUCAUAAAUUUCUGUUCUGAAUACUUGAUUUUCUUUGUAGUAUAUUUGAAACAAAAUCUAUGAACACGUUUUAUAUGUAUAUAGUAUGC